AUGGACGCCCCCCCGCCCAUCAUCAUCGGCCUUGAAGGCCUCAUCCAGCACUCCCUGCCGCGCAUCACCAGGUUCCGCAGCGCCGCAGCCGCCAUGACAGACUUUGGGCGACUCUCGCCCUUCUUGAAGCGCCUUCAGGUUAGCGUCCUGCUCCUGGGCUCGAUAUACCGCAAAUUCUCGCAGUACGACAUGAUUGCGGGAUCCGAUCUGUGUCUUGGUAUCUGCCACGACAGCCUUGUGCAGACGCAGGGCAUGAUGCAGGCGGUGUUGCAGGCGCCAGAUGGCGAUAAUGUAUACAAUCUAGGCGCAGAGGUGCUGAUUGAGAGAUUGCCUGAUGAGAUUAGCUCAUUCAUUUCCUCUGUUGAGCUCUUGAGGAGCACAUAUCAAGAGUCACAAUCCGAGUACAUACUCGGAUCAAUGAAGGAGCUCGCCAACCUACGACAAGACUACUCCAAGCACCUGCAAGAAUGCACGCACCGGAAAAAAGGAGCGCAUCUCGUCAUGACUGGAUCAAGUGAAGAUGAGCGGACCUCGCGCUCGGAUGGGACACAGCUCACCGAACCCGAAGUAUCAUCAUCUAUCAAGUCACCUGGACAGAGAGCCAUCGAAGUAAAACUGACGCCUUCACGCAACACUGCUGCUAGUAUAAGAGGAAAGCUCGGCCACACCGCUGUUUUGGGAGCACAAGCCAGGCCCAACAGAAGCGGAGAGCUUGGAUACGAGUCUAAGAAGAACAAAGAAGCAUGA